AUGGCGAAAUGGGCCAUGCACCUCAGCCAAUUCGACAUUGAAUUCAAGCCGAAGCUCGCCAUCAAAGGUCAAGCUCUUGUAGAUUUUAUAUUGGAGUGCACAGCUCGCGAGGUGACGGAGCAGGUCGAAAAUGAAGAUGGUGGAUGGUGGACCUUGCCAACGAAUGGCUCGUCCAACAGCAAAGAGUAUGAGGCCCUCCUGAACGGGCUACGAUUAGCAGCAGGACUACGAGCAGAGAAGAUCCGCAUUCGGUGUGAUUCUAAACUGGUAGUCGGCCAUGUCACAGGAGAGUACGAGGCCAACGAAGGUAGUAUGCAGAGAUAUAGAGACGUGGUGUUUAGAACCCUGCGAGAAUUUGAGGGGUAUGAAAUUCACCAAGUAUCCCGCGAGCAGAACGCUGACGCUGACAUGCUCUCCAAGCUAAGCACAGGGAUCCCCAUCCACAUUCGCAAGAUCGCUCGAGUGGAAGAUUUGGAGACCUCAAGCAUCGACAUCUCGUGGGUUUGCCCCGUACAAACUAGAGAACCAUGUUGGAUUGACCACAUCAUAAAAUACAUAAAGGAUGGCACUCUACCUCUAGACGAGCAGAACGCUAAGUUAGCAAAAUUACGGGCGCCUAGCUAUGUUAUUCUGGAUGACAAAUUGUAUAAGCGGUCUUAUAACGACACACAGCUGAAGUGCGUGUACCAUGAUGAAGCAAAGCUGAUGAUGAGAGAAGUCUAUGAAGGGGUGAGCUCUGCGCACCAAGGAGCAUACACCAUAGCCCGUCGGAUCAUUUUACAAGGUUUCUUCUGGCCAAAAAUGUUGAAGGAGUGUGUGGAAUAUGCCAGGCAGUGCCCCAAGUGUCAAGAGUUUCAAACACUACCAGGACGGCCUGCAACUAAUUACACUCUUGUGAGUACAGCAAUUCCCUUUUCAAGAUGGGGAAUCGAUUUGGUAGGGGCCCUUCCUACGGGUUCUGGAAGCCGGAAGUACAUCAUUGUAGCAAUUGACUACUUUACCAAAUGGGUGGAAGCUGAACCUCUUGCCAGCAUCACAGCGGUGAGAUGCAAGAAAUUCGUGGAAAAAAAUAUACUAUGCCAGUUUGGCAUCCCCAUUCAACUGGAGGUAGCUGGCGGAGCAUGGGUUGAAGAACUGGACAGCAUUCUUUGGACUUACCGCACAACGCCAAGGAGAGCCACUGGUGAAACUCCCUUCGCUCUCAAUUACGGGUUCGAAGCUCGAGCCCCAAUAGAGGUGAUGGUGCCAAGUAGAAGAGUGGAAGAUUACGAGGCAGGCCAAAAUGAAGUCCAACAAGGAGUUGAGCUUAACUUCAUAGAUGAAAAAAGAGAAGCUGCAUUCUGUAAGAUGGAGAACUACAGCAGGCAAUUGAAAUGUUAA